AACAUAAGUCUUAUCUUCCUACCUUAGUUUGGGGAAAUUUAAAGGAAAACCCAAUAAAAAUAUUUUUAUUCGACGCCCGCAUAGUCAAAACGUACGCUCCUAGCGAAAAAUAUUAAACAACUAGAAAAAUCACUAAAAAAUCUUACAAAGAAAGUAAUUUUUGGAGAAAAAUAUCGGCAGUUGAAGUGAAAAUGAUGAAAGUGUGUGUCUUUUUCUUGAUUGUUUCUAUAUCUUUCUCACAAUCUUAUCCCAAAAAUAAAACCCGCGGAAAAAGUGCCUGUUCGCAGUCAUGUUUGAAUGACUUGGGACCUAAGAUUUGUGGUACUGAUGGGGAGAACUACUACAUAUUUAACAAUGCAUGUUUUAUGAACAAAAAAAGUUGCCUGGAUAACAAAACAUGGAACGAAACUAGUUUCGAAAAAUGUGCAUCAGAAAAGACGGAAGAUGAAUCUGAAAGUGCCACCAGAUGCUCUAAUAUUAUAUGUCCAUUACUUUAUAUGCCUAUUUGUGCAACAAAUGGUAAAAGUUUUCAAGUGCUCUCGAAUCCUUGUUUAAUCAAAAUGGAAAGUUGUCUACGAACUGAAACUUGGUUAUUUGCACAUCCAUCUAACUGCAACCCGAAGCCAUUCAUAUCAUUUGAAUAAUUUUCCAGUUCAUAGUUGUAGGCGAGAUCAAUAGCUUUUUUGACCUUUUCUAAAUCAAUAUGAUGCAUAUUUCUUAAUAAUGAACAUCUAGUGUUUCAACACAGAUGAGUACAACAACCACAAUGACAAGAAUUUAAUAAAAUUGCUAUUUCUAAUAAAA